CCAGGGUGAAACCCGGGGUACAGUACUUGGACAGGUCACCAGUCCAUUACAGGGCCAACAUUCAGAGACAAACAAACAUUCACUGUCCCAUUCACAACUUCAGAGUGUCCAGUAUGUGUAUGUGUAUGUGUUUGGACUGGAGAACUUCAAGAAAACCCACAUGCAACUCCACACAGCAUGGGGUCUUUUUUGCUGUAAGGCAACAGUGCACUACACCACCAUGUGGCCCAGAAGGCAGUGCACGAAUAUAAAUUAACUUACUAUAAAACAAUAUAUUUAAUUAAGUAAUAAUGGAUGCUGUAAAGGUUUGAUAGUGUUACAUUUUGUGAAUCUGCAUACUGAACGUCAUUUCUUUUUAUUAUGCCAUGGGUGAUUUAUGGUCAUCACAAAAAGUUGAGAAGCGUUGUUGCUGAAGACGACCACGAGAUGAUUACGUGUCCGAUGUCGCACUCUGCUUCUGUCAGCAUGACAGAUGGCCACCACAUUGACUUGAGGUUAAUUCGAAACCACAGUGCUGAGAUGCUCGGAUGGAGGAUGCUGAUAAGAGUGCUGCAGAUAAGGAUGUCGUUGAAAAGAAAAUUGUUUUGGGUCACAUGCCCUGAUGCCCCAGUCUCUAUACAUUUAGCCAGCUUUUUUUUCUUUUUUUCUUUUAAGUAGAAGAAUUGUGGGGGCGAGAAUAUCUUGUAAGCCAAACCAUUAUGUGUUCACCUUUUAUGAAAGUUUGAAUGUUGGUGACCUUUUAUGAUGUUCACGGUUCUUACAACAAACAUUUCCACACCAGGCAUGAAUCGGGUCCGAUUAUAACUGAAAAUGAUUCCAUGAAGUACAUACAAAAAGGAUGUCAGGCUUCUAUAAAAAGCACCGUACCAUUUGGAUGAAGUGAAUGUAACACACUUUAUUCCCGAAAAGCAUGUGUUAAUUUCCCUAAUUUGUCUAAUCCACUGAGGCCAAUACAUUGCUGCAUUAUGGCAGAUUAAAAUGAAAGAGUAGCUGUGGAGCAAUGUUGCAGAGCAGUACUUUUUUUUAUAUACUAACACAAUUACACAGACAAAAAAGAUGUAUCAAUCUGCCAGUCUAUUCUACAUUCAGUAAAUCAUUUCUAGGAUGUCACAGGCUUUACCUGUGAUAAUUCACAUUGUGUUUUCUUGAGAAACUAGGUGUGUGUGAUUUAUACAGUUAAAUGUAGUAUUUACACAAGAACAUACUGCUACCUCACCAGCAACUGUACUGUUUUACAUUACUGCUGUAUCACCAGCUUUUUCCUUGUGGCACAGAUUUGAUCUGAUAUUUUUUACACCGUAUGCCCUUCCUGACACAACCCAAUACCAGUGAUCCAGGGGAUUAAGAGUCACUAGACUGCUCAGAGGGACCCCAGCCCUUGAUUCAAACCAGAAAAUCCUCCACUGUGAAGGUUCACUCUAUGGGAGUAAAUUGUCUGCGUACUGCUUUAGGACCCUGAGGAUGUUGGACUUAGGUUGCUGCAGAGGGGCUGAGAUUUGGUUUUGCCAGAGAACAUGGAGCAGUAAAACUGGAUAAAUAACCUGGAGGGGUUUAUUCAGACACUCUGAACCAUUUGGGACCAUGAAGGCUGAACACUCGCCUCUCAUGUUCCUUCUCAUCAGCCUGUUGUACGUCAGCCAGGUGCAGCACAGCCACACUAUGGACAUGUCAUCAGAUAAACAAGGAGCAAACAAUGAGCUCAUCACCCAAACACCUGCAUCUGGACAAGACAACAGCCUUGGAUACAAAGGGUCUCGUCUUCGUCAGGAAGACUUCCCUCCUCGCAUUGUGGAGCAUCCCUCUGACCUUAUUGUGUCCAAAGGGGAACCGGCCACUCUCAACUGUAAGGCAGAGGGUCGUCCAGCCCCCACGGUGGAAUGGUACAAAGACGGGGAACGCGUCGAGACGGUUCGCGACAACUCCCGCUCCCACCGCAUGCUGCUGCCCAGCGGGUCCCUCUUCUUCCUGCGCAUCGUCCACGGACGCCGGAGCAAACCAGACGACGGCAGCUAUGUGUGCGUGGCCCGGAACUAUCUGGGCCAGGCGAUCAGUCACAACGCAUCACUGGAAGUGGCCAUUUUGCGCGAUGACUUCAGACAGAACCCUGUGGAUGUUAUGGUGGCGGUGGGUGAACCUGCGGUGCUGGAGUGUCAACCACCACGAGGGCACCCUGAACCCACCAUCUCCUGGAGGAGAGAUGGAGUUACUCUAGAUGACAGAGAUGAACGUAUCACAAUCCGCAGUGGUAAGCUGAUGAUCACCAACACCAGGAAGAGCGAUGCAGGGAAAUACAUCUGCGUUGGGACCAACAUGGUGGGGGAGAGGGAGAGCGAAGUCGCUGAACUCACUGUGCUGGAGCGCCCAACCUUUGUAAAGCGGCCUAACAGCGUGGUGGUGUUGGCGGAGGAGAGUGUGGAGUUCCACUGUGUCGUUCAAGGAGACCCUGUUCCCACUACCCGCUGGAGGAAAGACGAUUCUGAACUGCCUAAGGGCAGAUUUGAAAUCCUCGAGGACCAUACUUUGAUUGUUCGCCAGGUGACCUCCUCAGAUGAAGGCUCCUAUACGUGCGUGGUGGAGAACAUGGUUGGGAAGUCGGAAGCAUCCGCCACGCUCACUGUACACGUAAACACUGUGCCCCCAGCAUUUGCCAUACGGCCCAGGAACCAGGUGGCGACAGUGGGCAGGACGGUCACCUUCCGGUGUGAGGCCACCGGAAACCCGCAGCCCGCUAUCUUCUGGCAGAAGGAGGGCAGCGAGAGUCUGCUGUUCUCUUACCAGCCACCACAGCCCUAUAGCCGUCUGUCUGUCUCCCAGAUGGGCAGCCUGACCAUUACUGAUGUUCAGCACUCUGAUGGCGGCAUGUACAGCUGCCAGGCUCUCAACAUCGCUGGCAGUGUUAUUACCAAAGCACUGCUGGAGGUCACAGACUCUGGCACAGACCACCCUCCCCCUGUGAUAAGGCAGGGCCCAGUUAACCAGACUGUUCUUGUGGACAGCACAAUUGUCCUGGGGUGCAAAACAGCUGGCCAUUCAUCUCCUACAGUCCACUGGAAGAAGAACGACGUGCUGUUGACGUCGGUGGACUCCCGCAUAUCCACAACCGACACGGGAUCACUGGAGAUUCGACAAACGAAGCUGGCAGAUACAGGCUUCUACACUUGUGUAGCUUCUAGUCCAAAUGGACAGGCUUCCUGGACAGCAUACGUGCAAGUGGCAGAGUUUGGGGUCCAUGCAGUUCAUCCCACAGACCCUAAUCUGGUUCCUAGCGCGCCAUUUAAACCUGAGGUGACCGACAUCAGCCGCACCUCUGUCAGUCUGUCAUGGAAAACCAACCCCAGUGCUGGAGCCAAGGCUACAUCUUACCUUAUCGAGGCGUUCAGUUAUACAUCAGGCAGCAGAUGGGUGACCGUAGCUGAGCAUGUGAAGACAGAGACCUUUGUCCUGCAGAACCUGAAGCCUGGAGCUGUCUACCUCUUCAUGGUCAGAGCAGCGAAUGCUUACGGCCUCAGCGACCCCAGCCCCAUCUCUGAUGCCGUCAGGACACAGGACAGCACUUCCACCAUGCAGGGCGUGGAUCACCGUCACAUCGAGAGGGAGCUGGGAGAUGUCGCGAUCCACCUGCACACGCCAGCUGUUGUGUCGUCGUCUGCGGUCAGGCUGCAGUGGAUGGUCGAGCAGCAGUCCCCGUACACCCAGGGUUACAAGGUGCUCUACAGGGCAUCCGCCGCGCACGGCCAGCCCGAGAGUCAGUGGAGCGUCCUGGAUGUACGCAACCCACGGGAGGACGGCGUGGUGAUCGGUCAGCUGAAGAGAGGGGCCAUCUACGAGUUCAAAGUGCGACCGUUCUUCGAUGAGUUCCAGGGAGCCGACAGUGAGGUCAAGGUGGUCCGGACGUUGGAAGAAGCUCCAAGAAGAGCACCCCAGGGUGUUACAGUGACAAAGAGUGACACCAAUGGAACUGCCAUCCUAAUUGCUUGGAAACCGCCUCCAGAUUCAGAAGAGGCAGGAGUCAUCCAGGAGUACAAGAUUUGGUGCCUGGGCAACGAGAGCCGCUACCACGUAAACCAGACGGUCGACGGCUCCUCCUCCUCUGUGCUCAUCUCCGGUCUAGCGCCGGGAAUCCGUUACAGUGUUGAGGUUGCGGCCAGUAACAGUGCAGGACCCGGGGUCAGGAGCGAUGUCACGUUCUUUCAAUUAGACUCUGCAGGGCAGAUGAUGGACAUCAGUGAGGAGAGAGACACCUUCUCUCAGAUCUCAGAUGUGGUGAGGCAGCCAGCCUUUAUUGCUGGCAUUGGCGCCACCUGCUGGUUGGUCCUCAUGAUUUUCAGUGUUUGGCUCUACCGCCACAGAAAGAAGAGAAGCGGCCUGAGCAGCACAUACACCGGGAUACGCAAAGUUCCAUCCUUCACCUUCACACCGACAGUUGCGUAUCAAAGAGGGGAAUCUGUGUGCGGUGCUGGCAGACCCGGCCUCCUCAGUAUGGGUGAACCUCUGAACCAGCUGUGGCUGCCAGACAAUUGGCCAAAUGCAUGUGCCAAUCACAAGGACUGUAGCAUCAACUGCUGUAAUAAUGGCAAUGGUACCAGUGACAGCAACAUGACAACAUACAGCCGGCCAGCUGACUGCAUCGCCAACUAUGGAAACCACGCGGAAAACAAACCGGGGGGCCAGCUCGCUCCCGAGAUGGCCAUCUACAGCGACGUGAACCUCUCCAACAAGCUCAAUGAGAUUAAAACCUUCAACAACGCCAACAUGGGCUACGUGAGUCCGGGGGGGGAUUCGGCGGCCAUGUAUGAGCCCAUCCCGUACGCCACCACUCAGCUCAUCCAGGCCAGCAUCAAGAGCAAAGCCUCUACUGGCGGCGCUCUCGCGGAGCCCCUGGACAUGCCGUGCUGGAAGCAGCCCCCCAACCCUCCCCCCAUACCGAAGGAGAUGGCAGCACAGAUGCAGUACAACAUAAUGGAGCAGAACAUGUUAAACAGAGAUCACCUGCAGGGAAACGAGGCGAGGGUCCAUCCCAAAACCAUUAGCUAUUGCCAGAGCCGCGAUCACAGCACAGGAGGCUCCCACCACAGCUCAGACAGAGGCAGCAACAGCACCUCAGGGAGUCAGAAUCAAAAGAAGGGAAUGCGGGCCCCAAAGAUGCCAAAACAUAAUGCAGUAAGCUGGGGAGAGGCCCCGUCUGCUCCUCAUGCCAAUGCCUGGGACUGUGAUGAUUAUAGCCUACCCAUGGACAGAAGUUUUGAUGCAGAGGAGAGGACAGAAACCUGUCCUACGCCACCUGUGCGAGGACCAGCCUCGUCCCCGCCUGAAGUGUCCUUUGGUCACCCACCUAUGACAUCACCACAGGGGGACCCGAAUAGUGACCUGCACAAUGGAGCUGAACACCUGAGCCCACACAUCAGCAGCCACCCUGGUCCUCUCUCCCCGACACACACAUACAGCUCCAUCCCCCUCUGCUUGGACACUGAUGAACAUGAGGAGGAUGAGGAGGAGGCAGAAGAAGAGGAGGAGGAGGAGGAGGAGGAGGAGACAGACGCAGAGCUCGCCGACAGCCGGUACAGCCAACACCACAACAAGCAGAAGCACAAACACCAGCUGCACCUCCCCACUCCACACAAGCUGCUCUUCCAUGGCCUGGACCAGACCCCAGCCUCCAGCACUGGGGAUCUGGACAAAUCAGUCACAGGCUCCAUGGUGAACAGCUGGGGCUCAGCAUCUGAGGACAACAUCUCAUCAGGCAGGUCCAGUGUUGUUAGCACCUCAGAAGGAUCCUUCUUUACCGACGGCGAUUUCAACCAGGCGGUGGCCUCUUCACGCGAUAUCGUAGGCCUGCGCAUGUGCAGAUACCCCGAGGAUCCAGGCCAGCGUCACCAGCGUCCCAGCAGCCCGCUGUCCACAGACAGCAACAUGAGUCCUGCCAUAACACAUAAAAGACCCCGGAGACAUAAACCGAGCCAGUGUGGUCAACAAGGCUGCCCACCACCCAAAGACGUCUUCAAUGACGACACCUGCAUGCCCCUGAGCUUCUCCAGCCAGAUGUCCCAUGGCGACUAUAAAGCGAGGGGGGCCACGCUGCCUCGGAUGGGCUCUGUGGAGGCGCGGGGUCGACGAGGCAGCGCUGGGACUCACAGGGUGAGAGAGGGCGCGUUUGAGCAAAGGGAGAGCCAGGACAAGCACAAGAGUCCACUGGGAGGGAAAGGAAGUGGCAAGGGCCGACAGAGCUCAGAAUCUGGGGACAUCCUCCUGUACAGUCGCCCGUCUUUCCCCUCAGGUCAGGCUCAGAGGGAGUCUGACCAUCCCAACCCAUCCACCUUUAUGUCAUGUGGAGACUCGCGGACGAAACAGGGAGGACAGGAUGAAGAGUUUCUGAAAAGCUAAGAGGUGUUGUCCGCAAAUGAGGAAAAUCCUUCAAGUUGCUUCAGAUGAAGGACCUUUACCACGUGGGGGAAAAAAAAAAAAAAAUUCUGCACAAUACAUGCUAUCAUUUUCUACUUCAAAUUUCUCAUUAGGUGUUUGAAAAAGAAAAAAAAAAACAAUGAAAAAAGAAAAAAAGGUGCUUUCAUGUGUAAGUCUGUGGACUUCAGUUUGAUGCACUGUUUUGUUUCUUGUUUGCUUUCUUGGGUGCGCAGCUUCCAGGAGCCCGAGGCACUGGUUGCUCACUGAAGAUGAAGACGAAUGCACAUUCGAUGACUGUCGUGGGUGUCUACAAAAAUAUUGUCCAUGAGGACCACUCGACGUGGUCCACAUGAUCUUUGCUUGUCAAGUGUCUUGAUAUUUUUCCUGUAAUCGAUAUUCAGUCAUUGCCAGCCAUCUUGUAAACUGUCGAGAUUGUUUACUGCCACAGAAGUGCUUCAAAUUCAAAUUUUAUAGAGCGGUGUUAAUGUUUUAUAAGUGAUGUACAUCUUUGUCUUUGUAUUUUUUAUUUUUUUUUUUUUGUCCUACUUUUGGUUAUAAAAGCACAAUCACUUAAUUUUAUUGUAAGUCAUUGUUACACAGAUUUCAGUCUGGAGGAAAUCAGUCGUUUCAUCAGGGUCGGUUUGGGGCCGAGAAAAUGAAUUGUUGAUUGUGGUUGUGCGUUCAGUUGUGUUCGUUGGAGCUGCUUUCAUUCAGAUUUGAACUAUCUGUUGUUUGUACUGAAGAGAUUUGCAUGCGGAUUCACCUGUAGGAGGUUUUACUUCACACCUUAACUGCUUUGUUCGAACCGCCUCUGGGAUGAUGAAAAUUCUGGUCAUGGACUGGUUCCAUUUAUCAUUUCUCACCAACGCGUCAAUUUCUUGUUAAAAACUUUGUGUUCCCUUGACUCUGGGCAUAACUUUUGGAGCAGGGCUGGACAAUGCACCAUACAUAUUGAAUUACUCACUCUGAAUUCUUUCAAUAAAUACAAUUGCCUGGAUUAAAGUGAGAACAGCUACAAAAAAGAACCUACAACUAGUUUUCCUGUACAGUGCAGACUAGAGGUCCAAAUCCAUCAACUGGACACAUACCAGAUAUUAGCCAGUAUAACUGGCACUGUUAUUAAAAUAUAUAAAUGUGUAUAUUAUUGUUUAUUUAUCUUUGCAUAGUUGCAUUUACAUUGUGAUAUAGAUUUUGGUCACAUUGUCCUGCCCUGUUCUGCAGGUUAUACAGCAUAUGGAACACAUUUGUCACUUUAACUACUCUGUUUAAAUAAAUAUUGCUGUUCAAUAACAAAUAAUUGUCCAUCUCUCUUCU